AUGAGAUUUCACCCUAAUACAUUGUUUAUUAUAUCAUUACUGUGGAGCAUCACUGACGCCGCACCAUUGAAGGAUAGACUACCAGCUUUGGGGUUCAGAUGUCACACAACAAGGAGAUUAGUGGAUAGAAUUCAUGGUGCUAAUGGGACCACCUCGGUUGUGAAAACAUUUCUGGAGCUAUUCCUAACCAUGAAUACCCGCGUGGAAUCGAAGAAACUGGAUUUUCAGGGCACAGUGACUGAGAUUAUUGAUGAGAUGGGGCAAAAUAUAGUCGCAGCAAACCAAGAUUAUAAUGAUUUUGACCUAUUGCUCUUCAUGGGGUCCCUUGGCCUGAUUUACGAACAGACUGCAUUGCAGAACGACAUUUCACAAAUAACUGAGUCUCUGGAAAUGCAUCACAUGUUUUGGAACUUCAGGGCCAAUUGGUUCCACAAACCUCUGAAACAACUGAUUGGACGCUUUUUGAGAUCACAGCUCGCUUACACAAAGUGGUAUCUUGGUGAACUUCGACAUGACUUCUUCAUAAACGGUCGAAGAGAGGAGUUGUUAGGUGAAGGGUACCGUUCAUUGCUUCUAACCGCAGUAGUGGCCCAUCAAUUUAACAAGGCUUUGUACGAACUGGACACGAUAGGUUACACGAGGUCAGUCUUGAAGGGAACAAAACAGUAUGGGCAGUAUCUGAAAGAAUGGUUUGGCGGAGAACUAAGUUCUGAACGAACUGAAAUGAUUACUACCGCAAUCUCCUCCAAAGUAAUAUCAGGAUACAGGAGUCCUCCCAACGGGGACGACCCACCAAGAACUGAGAAAGCCAGGAUAUUUUGGAUGGAGCCACUCCUACUCCUCAUGACAGUAAUUCUCAUGGUCGAUAAAUGUGGAGGGUAUAAAGCAUUUCCCUGUACAUGUUAUAUCUGUUUGGCUGCCAUGUUCAAUUUACUGAUCUUUGCUCAGGUUUAUUUGGAGUUGGUUGGACGUGCCCCAAAGGCUCCCGAGGUAUCUAAUCCGUAA